CAAACACUGAUUUUAUUGGCUGAGUACAAGUCCAAUAUUAUUUAUCUAUGUACAAGUCCUUUUACGAAAGUGAGUGGGAAAAUAUAUUUUCUCAGACAAUGCAUUUAUUAAUAGUUAUUUUAAGAUGUUUUAUAUUACCCUAGAUAAUUUUUCACAUUCCGCAGUGAAGUAAAUAAUCAAGUUUUAGUUUUCAUUUAUAUAAAAAAUUUAUGUAUGUGAGAUCGAGUUAUGUAGUUUGAGGUUAUGAUUGUUUUUUGUUAAUCUACCGGCUACGGGAUUUAUAUUUCAUGAUUUAAUGAGAAGUGCUCAACUUUUAAUUAAAAUGUCUAGAAAUGUUGAAAUUAAGGCGAAAGUCCACAAUUUGGAUGAUAUUGUUAACAGAGCAAAGUCCUUAAAUCCCAUAAAAAGUGAAAUUAUUCAGCAGCAUGAUACAUUUUAUAAUGUUUCACAUGGUAGAUUGAAAUUAAGAAAAUUUAAAGAUAGCACCGGCGAAUUAAUUUAUUAUGAUCGUCCAGAUUCUGAAGGACCAAAAAUAUCUAACUAUAAAAAAUCAUACAUAACCCAGGAAAGCAUAAAUGAUCUUCCACAAGUUUUGGAGGAAGCACUAGGUGUGAAGCAGGUCGUUAAAAAAGUUAGACAGCUAUUUUUGGUUGGUCAAACUAGAAUUCAUAUAGAUAAUGUGGAAGGGUUGGGACAUUUUAUGGAGUUAGAGGUUAUGUUAGGAGAUGAUCAAAGCCUUGAAGAAGGAAAGCAGAUCGCAGAUGAUUUAAUGGUCAAAUUAAAUGUGAAGAAAGAAGAUCUAUUAUCAGGAGCAUAUGCCGAUAUGUUAAAAUAAUGUUUUUGCACCAUUCCUUUUUUUUUAGAUGUCUAUAUUUUACUUAAUUGUUUAUUAUAAAUAAAACAGUAUUUUUA